AUGGCAUUUGCUCUUCGUGUGUUCUUCCUCCUUUGUGGGAUCAGUGGACUGCUGUCUGGAGUUUGUUCUACUUCUCUUCCAAUUAAAAAUGGUGGCUGCUGUCCCAAGGGCUGGAUUCAGUUGGAUGGUUUCUGUUACAGCUUGCGCCAUGAUCUAAAGCCAUUUGACGAAGCAGAGGCAAUUUGCAGAUCUUUUGGUGGGAACCUGGUCUCCAUCCACAGUUUCCUGGAAAAUCUGGUGGUUUAUGGACUGAUUGAAGAGGAGAAUGUAGAGUUUGCCUGGAUUGGACUCCAUGAUCCUGUUGGGAACGGAGUCUUUCAAUGGACUGAUGGCGCAAGCUUUGGGUAUGAUAAUUUCCCCAAAGGACAGCCAAGUGAUCAUGGUGCCUGUGUGGUGAUUUAUAGAGCAGGUGAUUGGUUCGUUAAGGAUUGCUCCUUCACAAUGCCAUUUGUUUGCAUCUUAGAUACAAACUGCUGUGGUGGCCGCUAAUCAGCCUUCUUACCCAAUGUCUGUCCUUAAUCACAAUGAAUAUUCUUAGACAACGUUAAACUUUAGUGGUGUUUUGGUAUCUCUGGGUUCACUAUCAAGUCUGCAUUGUGUCUUCUUUCAUACUCUUCACUUGUCAUUGUCAAUUAUAUCAACAUUUUUGAAACCUCAAAG